GUUUAUUCAGCUGCUGCUGGUGCUGGCUGCGGACGGUGUAUCGGUAGCCGUCGGUUGGCCAAAAGAACCGGUUGUUGGGGCCCUCAGCAGUUAGUUGUUGCCGAGAAGCGGACGAGAGCACGUCGCCAUGCCCUUGCAGUGCAGUGAACGGCGGAGAGUGCGAGCCAAAUGAUGAAGCGCUGGAGCCCGAGGGCGUCGCCCCUGCGGUUGUCGCAGCUGUCGCCGCUCGCGUCCGAGGACGACGUCGGGCCGCGCUCCGGAGGGUGCACGGUGGUGCUCGACCAGCUGCCCUCGGAUAUGCUCGAGUCGUUGUCGUCGGACGGGCACGUUCGGAUGGGCCUGCCGACGCCGCCCGACUCGGUGCGCGGCGACGACAGCACCAGCGUCGUCGAGCAAGACACCGUGUCCGACCUGCUCAGGGACAUGGUGGACAGGCUGGACACGCCGGUCAGCCACGUCAGACGCAAGAAGAAACGCAAGUCGAAGAAAAGUAGGCACCACCAUGAGCACCAGGAGAGGCCGCGAGUCAGUCCGAUCUUCGUGUGGGUCAAACAGGCCGAGGAGGGCGUCAUCGGGGAGGUGUGGUGCGAGGAUUACGACAUUCGCAACAGGCUCAGGCUGACGAAGACGCCGGCCGGCUGGAGGGCCAUCCCCCGGACCAACACCCUGUCCGAGAUGCAGAGCGCCCUCCGCAGGGACAGCUCCGACAGCGCUGGUUUCAGCGAGGAGGAGCUCUCCGAGCGAGAGGAGGACAAGGCCAAGUCCCAAAACGUGCAGGUCGACCCUGAGAGCGACCCUGAGCGGGAGGAUGUCCCUGACGAGGAUGACGACGAGGAAGGUGGAUUUCCUGCGCGAGAGGACGCUCAUGCGCAAAUCGAGACUGGACCUGUUGUUCCUGAAGCGGAUGAAAAUGAAAAUCACCCUGAGGAGGAGGAGGAGGCGGCCGACCUUCCUGAGGGGGAGGAUACCUUGAUGGACGAUGCAGAGGACGAGUCGGAGUGCGAAGAAGCUUCACCUGAGAAGGACUGCGGUGUUGCCGACGCUUCUGAAUGCUCCAUCAAGGACAAGGACGAAUUUGUUGACAAGCCGCGGGAGCAGGCGGCAGUGGUCGAAAAAAGUGAGAAGCCGGCGCAAUCGGUGCCAGAGGAGAUUAAGGAGAAGAAAGUGACCGUGUUGAACCUGAAGGGAUACAGUGUUAAAAUGGAGGUUCCGGAAGAAGAGGAAGUGGUGAUCAACCCCGAGCAGGUGGCCGACCUGAGCGCCAAGAAGCGAGAGCCGGGCCCUUUGCCAUGCCGCAGCCCCUUGAUUCGCCUGCCUCCCCUCCCUCGCAAACCCCUGCCGAGCCCGGUCCUGCAGCAGCCUCCCUGCGAGUAUCGGACACCCAGUCCGGCGCACCAGGCCCUGCCAGUGGCCUUGCCCGGCGUGCCCAGGCCCAUGCUGUCACCGCUGCCAGCCCACGUUCACGAGAGGCCGAUGAAGAGGACCAUCGAGAACACCGAGGUGCCGGCCAAGAAGCAAAAGCAGGAGCCCACCCUGAGGGAGCUGCUGCGGGAGAAGAAGCAGGAGUCGAUGUUGAUGGAGCUUUUGAUCACGAACCAUUCCACCACCCCCAAGAGGGUCCAGCCACCCCCUGCGCCUGCGGCGCCCCUGGACGCGUUAGCGCAGCUGAGACUGGUCAUGUCCAAACUCAGGGUGCCGGACCCUCUGCUGAUCCCCCAGUCGAGACUAUCGGCCCUCUUCGCCAGCCCUGCGACCGAGAUCCCCCGGUUGCUCGCCCUGCCCCCUGCACCCCUCUCGCCAGACGUGAUCGCCGUUUCCCUGGACCGGCUGCAGGCGCUGCUCCAGCGGUCCGACUCGGAGCUGCUCGCGUGGGCCGCGCACGAUUGGGCCCUUCCGAAGCCGCCCGCGUGGCCGCCGGCCGACCUGACCGCCCUCCACCUGGCGGCCAUGGGCUUCUGCGUGCCGCCCCCGAUGGAUACGUGGCACACUCCUCCGCCACCCACCAAGCAAAUGCAAUUCACGCCCGCCGCAGCUGCGCCGAUGAAAAAUCCACCAGCCCAAGGGCCACCAAAGCCCCGCAUCGCCUGCAAGGCGCUAAGCGACCUGAUGCCCAAGAAAAACAAGCAGGCCCCCAAACAGAGUGGUCCACUAGUCUCGCCGCCUCCCAGUCUCACUAUGGGCUUGCAAGGGGCAACCAGAAAUCUUCCUCAACUCUGGCAUCCCCUUUUUGGAAGCCACACGAGCGACUCGUGGAACUGGAGGAAAACUGUCCCCGUUCACGGCGACUGAUGGGUUGGUUGUUGUCUUCGGCGGGACACUGCUACUCUCGCCUCAUUGUGAUACUUGUCAGCACCUGGCCCAGCACUGAGUGCCAUUUGAUGAACAGUACACAUCGGCUGCACCCGGACAGUGUGAAUCAAAUUCAUCGCGCGACGACAUAGUGAGAGAGACAGCCAGAUGACAGUUGUGUGCGGCCGGUGCUGACUGAGCAUAUAUACCAAAGCAUAAAUCGCGUUAAUUAUUAAAUAUUUAAUAUUAUUAAUAAUUUAAGACUCUUCUACUGGCCAGUCCUGCGUGGACGAAUGAAAACAAGCCAGUCUUUCGUUCAUAUACCCUCAUCUGCGUAUAAUAGAGAGAAACUAUGUUUCCAUUUUUUCGGUCAUUUUUUAUUUGUGUCUUUAUAGCUAAACCGAGACCAGUCCAAAAACAAAAACUCGCGGGUACAAAAUCGAGAAAAAAAAGUUGCUACGAAAAGUUGAUGUGAAAAUUAUUACGUCAGUGGUUGUACUUCUAAAAUAAAGUCCCCUGUACAGAAUUAUACACAGUGAA